UUGGCCUCUGCCUCUGCCUUUCCUUUCCUUUCCUCCCUCUCUCCCUCUCUUCCUUUCGUGCUCCGGUCGUCUGGUCGAUUGAUUGCUGACCGGUGAACACGACGAACGCAUUCUUGCUCGCGGGGUCUCUGUUUUCCUCUCGCCAUCCGUCCAUCCAUCCGUCCAUCGCUCCGGUUUGAUAUUUCGCUUUCGCUCGUGUUGUAUCCGGGACGAAGCGUGUACAAACGAAGGGGGGAAGAACCCGAGGCCCUGCAAUUCGAAGCAAUUGCGCCCGAGCUCGAGCUUUUCCCUGUUAUGGAGAACCAGCGCCAGAGUCCCCUGAAAUCGAGAUUCAGGCGCGUCUGCGUCUUCUGCGGGAGCAGCCCCGGGAAGAGCCCCUCCUAUCAGCACGCUGCCAUUCAACUCGGGAAGCAACUGGUCGAAAGGGACAUUGACCUGGUGUAUGGUGGAGGCAGCAUUGGUUUGAUGGGUCUAGUUUCUCAAGUUGUGUACGAUGGGGGCCGCCACGUGUUGGGGGUGAUUCCCAAGACGCUGAUGCCGAGAGAGAUCACGGGAGAGACGAUCGGAGAAGUGAGAGCGGUGUCGGGCAUGCACCAGCGGAAGGCCGAGAUGUCUCGUCAAGCCGAUGCAUUCAUCGCCUUGCCUGGUGGUUAUGGGACCUUGGAGGAACUCUUGGAGGUGAUCACAUGGGCUCAGCUGGGAAUCCAUGACAAACCGGUGGGAUUGCUGAACGUGGACGGGUACUACAACUCGCUCCUGUCGUUCAUCGACAAGGCCGUGGACGAAGGCUUCGUCACUCCCUCCGCCCGCCACAUCAUCGUCUCUGCCCCGACUGCGCAUGAGCUCCUCGCCAAGCUCGAGGAGUACGAGCCGAAGCACAGCGGGGUGGCCUCCAAGCUGACCUGGGAGAUGGAGCAGCAUCUGGGAUACUGCACCAAGUCAGACAUUUCCCGUUGACCCCUCCCCCAGAGAAACACUAAGUACUCACACACAGAAACACUACCCUUUCGAUGGAGGAUUGACCACCGUUGAUUCGGGGGGAAUUCUCUCGCGAAAGUUUGACACGACUUUGUAGAUGAUUUGGGCUCCCAAAAAGAAAGAAAAAAAAAAGAAAAUGUGAAAAAGCUAAAGGCAAAGGAAGAAGGAUCGUGCAGGUCCCCACCACGGUCUUUUGUUUUAUAGGCCGCGGAUAUCACCAUGGGGAUUGCAUUCUUUUUUUUUUUUUUUGAAUUAUUAAUUGUUGAUCAUUGGGGUCGACAGUUUCUCUCUUGGUUAGAGUCUAAUCUUGGGGCAAGGAUUGGAUCACUGGCUUAGCUUCGAUCCUCUGUAAUUUGUAUAUUCGGAUUGUUAAUGACUAUCCAAAUUUUGCUUUCGAAAGUUGAGGAGGGGGAAAGAGAUUGUGAUGGGUUUUUGUUCGAAA